AUGGCGCAAACUUUGACUUUUGCAGACUCGAGUAUUGUUAUGGCAGAGCAGAGCAGCCGCGAUGUGGUAGAUCAGACCCUGUCGGGCGGCGAGCCUUCGCCUUCCGACGUUCCUACGAGCACAACCGACAAGAUUUCUGCUGGAGGGGACGUGGGGGAGACCAAACAUAUCGCAAGUACUUCCGAAACCGAGAUAUCAUCUGAUCAAAAUUCCAACGACGUUACGAGAGAUACUUUGAGAUCUCAAAGUGAGCGACCUGGAGGUGACAAGGAUACCGGAGGUUCUUCCAUGGUGAGCGUUGCGGGUAAAAUGGAAGAAAACCACCAUCUGAGUUUAGCGCAGGAGGUUCCAAAGCAAGCUAUUGGUUUGGUUGCAUCCAGAGCACUCGAACUCAAUGGACUGGCAUCAGGAUCGGAUGCUGGAGACGACACAGCUUCACAGGGUGGCUCGGAGUCGGACACUAGCCGGACAGAUAGUAGACAUCACACACGGACUGGGUCUGUGAAGAAGCCGACUACUUUCAAGCCAGUGUCAUUUACGAAAUUCGCUGUGCCCAAAGCACCAGGGGCUUCUGCACCUCCUAAGGUACCGGAAAAAGUAUCCUCUGCCUCCACAACUCCCUUUGGGACCCCACAGCCAAGCUCACGACCGCGCUUGGUCGCGAAGACCACUGGUGGGAUGCGUGAUUCCAUUUUGAAGACCGGCGCAGGAGGUGCUAAGCCCGGCGGAUCGGGUCCAGACCCUAACCAGGUUUGGAAUAAAAACCGACCUGUUCAGCCGACACCACCAAAGCACCUGACGGACGAGGAAUUAAAGCAGCAAUAUGGCAUUCAUAUGACCUCCCGAAUCCAGGAAGAUGGUGGCAAUACCGAAGCGAAAUGGGCGGACAUUGAUGACGACGAAGAUGACUGGGCACCUGAAACGAUUGAAUGGACUGAUGGAACAAAGGUUACCCUCACACACACCGAAUCUCUACCGGUGCCAGAACAAAGCUCCCAACCGUCAAAGGAACCACAUCAACCUGAGCAGACUGGAACUGGAGCGUCAUUGGAUCCUGUCAGGAUAGCAGCACCAAAGCCAACCACUUCUGUUGGUCCCAAUCCAACGGUGCUACGUCUUGGAGCCAAUGCUGAGCGACAGGCCAAGGCAGCUAGCAUCUCGUCCAAGGGGAUAAAUGAUAGACUGCCUUCUGGAUCUACAAGUCCAGCUCCUCUGCCAGCAAAGUCGCCCUGGGCGACUUUACCUCCUGUGGAUAGAGUGUCUCCUGUCAAUCCGUUAUUGCCACCACCUCCCCCAGCAUCCCAAAAUCGUAUCCAUGCCAAUUAUCCACACCGGGAGGAUGGUCAUAUUCCGCAAAUGCCUCCUCAAGAGAUAGCGGCAGAUGACUUUAAUCGCACCUGGAGAGAAUCAACGUCGGGUGCACCUCGAGAGCUCUUUAACUCGAGAUCGGGACGUUAUGAGCCCGUCCCCGAGACACGAAGGGGACCAUGGCGUCAGGAUCAAGGGCCUCGUCCACCUGCUGUGCUGCAGAGACCUGGCCAUGGUGAACAUAGCGGGCAUGCAGAGCCAUCUGCAGCAUUCCAAACGCAUCGUCAAAGCCACCAGGAAGGUAUGGGUUGGAACCGCCGUCGUACAUCAUCAAGUGUUAGUGGAGGAAGCGGUAGUUUUGCGCGUCGUACUUCGUUCGGCCGUGAUGUGCCUCAUCCACGGUACAUGGAAGGUAGAAGAGGCUCCCAGGCGAUCAAUGACUUUGUUGAGUCAACUUCCAGUCGCGAACCAGGUCACUUCCGUGAACACUCUCCACAUCGCCAGCAUGGUGGACCAGGUUGGCAUGCACCCCCAUCAGUAAGUGUGGGCAGUGAAUCGUCACCAGUGGAGAAUCAAGCCAUGGCGCCUUCUGCACCAGAAGUACCCGCGGAAGAUCCUGUUGUCCUUCAGGAGCGCAUAAUGAAGGAGAAGCGUCUGGAAGCUAGACAGCGCCGAUUAGACGAGGAGGAGAAAGAGAAACAGGCGAGAGAGGAGAGAAUUCGUCAGAAGCUCGCAGCUUUGGGGCCACCUCCCGAUAAGAAACGCAAAGAUAGUCUUGAGGGACAUCAACCACAGACAACUGCCUUGAACACUUCACCGGCGGCCACCAUUUCUUCUCCUCCGAAACCGCCUGUUCCAGAACCUACUGGCAAGCCGAAGCAAUAUGGAAUGAUGAAGGUCCAUCACCCCGAUACAGUGAGGAAACUGGUGGCGGCGAAUGAGAGAGAACGUGCGGCCGAAAAGCAAAGUGAGAAGACUUCACUUCACUACCGUCGUCCGAUCUCCCCCCACAACAACGCCCCCGGACGCGACGCACUCGCUUCGUCCUCGUCUCACAAACCGCCUUCUCCCAAAACUCUUCCUUCUUCUUACACCCCGCAGUCCCCUAACUCCCGACCCUCUUCUUACAAACCACAAUCUCCUGAAUCCCAUCCGUCUUCUUAUCAACCACACUCUCCUGACUCUCGUCAGCAAGACACAAAGGUUGACGAUCAAGGUGGCCAGUGGCGUGGAAACCUGAACGUUUCUAACUCAUACGCCCCCUGGUCCACCGGUCCUAACUUGACAGCAAACCCCGCAACUGUGAACAAUCUCUGGAAACCCUUAAGCAGUGACCGCACGCUUGGUAACGGCAUUUUCGAUCAAGGUCUUGGUGGCUUCCCACCGCGCGAACUUCCGUUGCGUAGCCAACUUGGUCUGGACCAACCCACGAUGGCUCCUACCCAGCCUUUUUCGGCUCCUCAAGAGGCAGCUCCUGUUCUGCCCUCCCCUGAGACUAGGUUGCCUGCCUACGACCCCUUGAGUCCUAUUACACGACCUGGUCCCAUCGGGCCACCAAGUUCACACAACCAGCCGUGGCAAACACAAGACCCAGGUAGCGUUGGUGUCGGUGUUGGCGCGUGGAAAAGCUUUGGACCUAUUGCUCGGCAGCGUGAAGCAGAAGCUGGAGAGCGGUUCCGCCAGGAAUUUAACGAGACACAGAGAGUUCGCCAGGAGAUUCCGACUAACCAGGAACAACAUCAAGUUAACCGACCUACCUUUACUCGUGAAUGGAAAAAGGUUGAAGUGUCAAAGGGUGGAGGCAGACGCCAUGUCGGUGAAGGUCAGAUAUUGGAUCGCAGCGCCAAAUUGACUGGCCAGCCUCCUAUUCAGCAGGCCGUUGAACCUGUUGUUGAGCCUUCCUCCACGCAGUCAGGCUCACUGCAUCCUUGGCAACAAAUUCGCGUUGGAGAAAAUGGGACCCGUCAUCAAGCUGUUCCUCAGCACACCACCCCAGUUGUUCCUCCGCCCAAAAAUCCUUUGAAUCCUCUGAACGGUCUUGAGACACCUGCAGAUGGUCUUGCAUUCACGGAGAACCAAGGCCGUCCUAUUGCCAACAUUCCUGCUCGCAGCUCACGCUUUUUCCCCAACGCCACGGAGCAGCCCCGACGUCUCGCAUUCGAGCAUCAAGAUGCGCAACGAACUCCCUCGCCACCUCCUCCUGAGGAAAUGUAUCACCCCGUUUACUCGAAUGGUUCUGGUCGGCCAUUGGUUCAUCUUCCUAACCCUAAGCCUAUCGUCAAGUUGCCUCCCAAGGCAGUAGUUGCUAAGCCUGUGCAACAACCCACAUUUGCUUCUAUGGCUGCUGCUGCUCCUCGGCGAGUUACGCCAGCACCCAAGGUCGCUCAGAUAGAUUGGCAAGAAAAGUUCAAUGUUCUUGUGGGCAAGAAAACUGUUCCAGAGAGAACCGGCGUUUUGGCUGUGGCUUCUGCUUCAAAGGAACCACUUGAUGUUCAAUUGUCUGCUACAGCAGUAUCUGUAUCUCUACCCAACACCAUAGAGGUUUCGGUGCAGACUGGGGAUGGUGAUCUUGCAGCCCGCCAGGUGGCUGAAGAGGAAGAAAUUUUUGAGGAUCGUGAACCUGGCUCCCAGCCAGGAGUUCGUGUGCCCAAUAUGGCUCCGCCGGCUGCCUGGCACGCUGCUGACGCGCCUCUGCCUUCCCAGGCUCGUCACAAGCACCUUAAGCCUAUGCAAGUAUGCAGUAUCGAGCCGUUCAGGGUUGGACAGAGUGACAGAGAUAACCAUGGCAAUCUGCGCGUUACUAUUCACCUUCCUGGCCAAGACUCAGAGACUACAUUCAUCAUGCACCGGAAAAAUGGCCAUCACCCGCGCAAUCGCCGCCCUUCAAACCCGAAUCGCCCCCAGCGUAAGAUGCCGAAAUCCCGCGAUGCAGCAACCAGCGGCGGAUCUCACUGGAACAAGAAGUCAUCUACUUCUCACCAAACUGGUGCAUCAGGUUCUUCUUCGCGCCACCAAUCACGCAAUCCGUCCUGGGGUCCUCGCGAUAGCAGCAACUCCAAGUGA